AUGAGGGCAGCAGCAGCAGCAGCAACCUUCCGGACACCGUGGCUCAUCCUGCUUCACCUGGCUGCUUGUCUGGCGGCCCCCAUACCGUGUGAGGAGAAAGUGGUCCGUCUGGAGGAGGAGAUCAAGGGGCUGCGGCAGGUGAUCGACGACCAGCACCGCUACAUCCUGGAGCUCCAGAAGAGCCAGGCCAGCAAGCUGGAGCAACUACCCAACGCACACCUCCACCCGGAAGACCUGUACAAAGACUGCUCAGAGAUAUUUGAGGACGGUAACGUGGCCAGUGGGCUGUACGUGGUGCGACCCAACGGCUCCCCCACAGCCCUGACCGUCUACUGCGACAUGAACAACGGAGGAGGGUGGACCAUCUUCCAGAGGAGGAGAGACGGCAGGGAGGACUUCGACAGGGCCUGGGUGGAGUACAAACAUGGAUUUGGAGACCUGUUUUCCCCCGAAGGAGAAUUCUGGCUUGGCAACGAUGCCUUACACUACCUGACUUCACAAGGGAACUUUGACCUCAGGAUCAACCUGGAGGACUUCGAUGGGAACGAGCGCUACGCCGAGUACAAGAACUUCAGAGUGGAUGGAGAGAAGGAUGAUUACCAGCUCCAUCUGGGCGAGUACACCGGUAAUGCCGGGGACGCGCUGUCUGACGCCCACGACUCCUCCGCUGCCGGGACGAAAUGGACCGGUCCGGGAUCUGGCACCGGUGGGAUCAAAUUCAGCACCUACGACCACCCAAGUGACGAUGACAGCAGCACCGAGUGCAUCAGAUACGACAAGGCAGGGUGGUGGUUCAGCAGGUGCAAGUCAGGGAACCUGAAUGGCCACUACUACAAGGGACCGUACAAAGCCAUGACGGAGGACGGGGUGGUGUGGUACACCUGGCACGGCUGGUGGUACUCCAUCAAAUCCGUUGUCAUGAUGGUACGAGCUGCCGACCUCGAUCAUCCGCCGCCUGUUUCCCCCCCGUUUCAGGGACCGCAUAACCCGGAUCAACCCGAGAAGGACCCGGUGCAACUCCCUUAUCAGGGAUAGGCUGAUAUUAAGAUGCAUUCUUUCAUUAAGACCCAUCAAACUUGUUUUUUUUAAUGGUAGUCCGUUUCCAUGAAAAAACUUUUUGCUAAUCAUACAACUUUUUUCCCAAGGUAUUUGAUUUGAAAAUACUAGCUUUUCUUCUUGUAUGCAUCUCUCUCAAGUAAGAAGAAAAUGACCUGCCUGUGCAGUAGAUUUGCCCUUGUGAAAUGUGCCUUGUUCUCAUAUCUCUCAAUGGUUUGUUUUAGCAAAUUGAUUAAUUACUUCUGUACUGUCUUAUACUUCGAAUAUUUCUACGCAGUAGUCCUUUUGCAUUUGCAAUUUAGAAACGUGUACAUUUUCCAUUCUCGCCUAGUACUUUUCCAAAUAUCAGAAGCAACCAUAAUCUUCCUGGCUGACAUAUCAGAGGAAAGGGGAUGAGCUGAAUGAGUUCAACGUGAGAUUCUGGUAAAGUUGAGUGUAAACACAGGUUUAUAACCACAAAUGCAGAAUAUCAACAACGCUGUAAAUCAGUUUGCAGUGCGUGUUCAUUUUCAUUUUCAGAAAUAAACGAGUUCAGUUUUGCUCCUCGUUUCUCGUGUUUAUUCCGUGUCAAAAUAAAGCCGAGCAUGGAAAGCCGAGGCAUUCCGGGUACAUCUGAGGUUGAUCGGAACAACAGCAGACAAACAAUUCAUAUCAUUUUUUUGGAUUCAGUAAAUGUAUAAAGGCCAGCUUCUAUCAGGCACAGAUAAGUCUUGGGAGUUGGACUGUACACAGUGGAAGUGGAAACUUCAAAUUAAAAAAAAAAGCUACACUUGCAUCCCCCCCAUAAAGUAAAAGCACUACUCAAUGAUAAGCAAAUACCUUUUGGUAAUAGACCUGAUCAGUCCACAUUACUGGUUUACCAACUUUCCAUCUGAGCAAGGGGUGAUUUGUUUUAAGGGGGUGGGGUGGGGUCAUCUGCUUGUCAGAGAUCCAGGAGGAAAGAAAAAAUGUUUUUUCCUGCCCGACAGCCCACCUUGUUUAAUACCGUACUGCGUUUAGGGCCCCGGGUCCCAAAUCAAGACCUCUUUUCUUGUGUCUGUGCCGGCCUGCUAAGACAGGUAACAUCCGAGCGUGCUUACAUUCCACAUCACUGAUGAAGGUCGCGGUUGUCAGGGAUCAGCGAGGAGGAGGAGGAGGAGCAGUCGUAGGAUUGACUAUCCACAGAUUAAUUACGGCUCACAUAUUCACGAUCACACGUUCGGCUCAUACUGCUCACGAGGACACACAGUUCAUCCCCCUCAUCCAGAGGCCCACAACCAAUCACUGAUGGAGCCUCGCCCUUCACAGAGACACAAAAAAGUGUGGAUGUGUGUGUGUUGGAGGGGGAGGGGAGGGGGUCCUAAACAACCAUGCAGUACCCAUCAUUUUACAAUUUACCAAACCCAAACAGGUUUCUUUGCGUCCCCCCCCCCCCCACAGAAAACCUUGUUCCUCCCGCAUCCAAGCUUGAUCCUCACCUGCCUGUUUGGAACGAGACGCCGUCAGACAAAAUAAAACGAGGCUACACGACAAGAACAAAAGUCUGAGAAAGAAAAACAAACCAGAGGAGCUAGUCAAAACGAGAGUGAGACGCUAUGUACAGACCCUGAGGUGUGUGCCCUUUUACUUUGUCUUCCUCUUCCUUCAGGAAAACAGAAGAAACCAUCGCUGGAGAACAGGGCAUUUGGUAGACAGACUGACACGGAGCGAGGCCAGUCCCACUAGUCCCGCUGACACGGAGCGAGGCCAGUCCCACUAGUCCCGCUGACACGGAUCAAGGCCAGUCCCGCUGACAUGGAGCAAGGCCAGUCUUGCUGACAUGGAGCAAGGCCAGUCUCACUAGUCCCGCUGACACGGAGCGAGGCCAGUCCCGCUGACAUGGAGCAAGGCCAGUCCCGCUGACACGGAGCAAGGCCAGUCCCACUAGUCCCGCUGACACGGAGCGAGGCCAGUCCCACUGACACGGAGCGAGGCCAGUCCCACUAGUCCCGCUGACACGGAGCGAGGCCAGUCCCACUAGUCCCGCUGACACGGAGCGAGGCCAGUCCCACUAGUCCCGCUGACACGGAGCGAGGCCAGUCUCACUAGUCCCGCUGACACGGAGUGAGGCCAGUCUUGCUGACAUGGAGGAAGACCAGUCUCACUAGUCCCACUGACACGGAGCGAGGCCAGUCCCGCUGACAGGGAGCGAGGCCAGUCCUGCUGACAUGGAGCAAGGUCAGUCCCACUAGUCCCGCUGACAGGGAGCGAGGCUAGUACCCCUGUCACAGAGCGAGGCCAGUCCCACUGACAGGGAGCGAGGCCAGUCCACCUGUCACAGAACGAGGCCAGUCCCCCUGUCACGGAGCGAGGCCAGUCCCCCUGUCACAGAGCGAGGCCAGUCCCCCUGUCACGGAGCGAGGCCAGUCCCCCUGUCACGGAGCGAGGCCAGUCCCCCUGUCACAGAGCGAGGCCAGUCCCACUGACAAGGAGCGAGGCCAGUCCCACUGACAAGGAGCGAGGCCAGUCCCCCUGUCACGGAGCGAGGCCAGUCCCACUGACAGGGAGCGAGGCCAGUCCCACUAGUCCCGCUGACAUGGAGCAAGGCCAGUCCCACUAGUCCCGCUGACACGGAGCGAGGCCAGUCCCGCUGACAGGGAGCGAGGCCAGUCCUGCUGACAUGGAGCAAGGCCAGUCCCACUAGUCCCGCUGACAGGGAGCGAGGCCAGUCCCCCUGUCACAGAGCGAGGCCAGUCCCACUGAUAAGGAGCGAGGCCAGUCCCACUGACAGGGAGCGAGGCCAGUCCCCCUGUCACAGAGCGAGGCCAGUCCCCCUGUCACGGAGCGAGGCCAGUCCCCCUGUCACAGAGCGAGGCCAGUCCCCCUGUCACGGAACGAGGCCAGUCCUCCUGUCACAGAGUGAGGCCAGUCCCCUUGUCACGGAGCGAGGCCAGUCCCCCUGUCACAGAGCGAGGCCAGUCCCACUGACAAGGAGCGAGGCCAGUCCCCCUGUCACGGAGCGAGGCCAGUCCCACUGACAGGGAGCGAGGCCAGUCCCCCUGACACGGAGCGAGGCCAGUCCCCCUGACAGGGAGCGAGGCCAGUCCCCCUGUCACGGAGUGAGGCCAGUCCCCCUGUCACAGAGCGAGGCCAGUCCCACUGACAGGGAGCGAGGCCAGUCCCACUGACAGGGAGCGAGGCCAGUCCCACUUACAAGGAGCGAGGCCAGUCCCACUGACAAGGAGCGAGGCCAGUCCCCCUGUCACGGAGCGAGGCCAGUCCCACUGACACGGAGCGAGGCCAGUCCCCCUGACAAGGAGCGAGGCCAGUCCCCCUGUCACAGAGCGAGGCCAGUCCCCCUGACAAG